GAAGGGGGAGGAGCUGAAGGAGGAGGAGGAGGAUGCCGGCUACGACAAGAAGCCGGCGUUGCCGCCCCAGCUGGAGCUGUGCGGGGCGCUGCUGGAGCGGAGCGUGCACCUCCUGUCGCACCACGACGUCGCUGUGCGGCUCACGAUGCUGGAGGUGGUGCGGCUGGCGAUGGGCGUCCUGUCCGCGCGCGAGGAUUCCUGCCUGCCCAUGGCUCACCGCCUGUGGCCGGCGCUCGUCCAGAGGCUCACCGGCGACGAGUGGAGGGUCAUCCUCGCCGCAUUCAAGACGCUGGUGUCGCUGUCGCGCGUCUGCGGCGACUUCCUGCGCCGGCGCGUCUCCGGCGAGCUGCUGGGCCCCGUCGCCGCCUCGCUGGCGGCGAGGGCGCCUGUGAGCGCCGCCGCGGGGGCCGAGGGCCGCCGCGGGGGGGGCCGGGGGGGCCGGGGGGGCCGCCCCUGUACCCGCGGUCGCUCGCCUGCCGCCUGCAGGCCGCCGCUCUCGACAGCCUGGGGCCUCUGGCCGUCGUGCUGCGGCUCGACAAUGCGGAUCUGGACACGGUGGUGACUGCUGCCUUGCCCUACCUCAGCUGCCACCAGCCGAUGGUGCUGCAGGAGGCAGCGAUGGGGCUGCUGCGCAGCGUGAUGGCCGUGGACCCCGACCGAGUCUGGCUCAGCCUCUGCCAGCUGCACUGCCCCCACGACCUGCAGUCGCCCGGAGAAGGUUUUCGCCCGGUCCAGUUCGCACGAAGCGCCUCCACCUCCUCCACCUCCUCCACCUCCACCUCCUCCACCUCCUCCUCCUCCGCCCCCUCCUCCUCCUCCUCCACCUCCUCCUCCUCCGCCCCCUCCUCC